CCAAAAUUCAAAACACAGAGGGCAGAAGAAUUUUACUUCCAUUGCAGCCAAAACCAACCAAUUUCUUCUACUCUCUCUGUGAUUCUAUCUUUUCAGAGUUCAUGGGUGUGAAGGGUCAUCCAUGGAUUCUUCCCUCUCUCUUGUGUUUCUCUCUUCUUUGUCUCCCUUGUUUCUCUCAACCAAGUUCUUCACCUGCAAGUUCCAUCCCCAGUUCUCCUAAUAAUUCUCCAAUCUCUCCACAAAUUCCAGGAGCAGCAUCACAUGGAAAAGUUGGUGAGGUAGCUGGAGCAACAGCUGCAAGUGCUGUUGUUGUUGCUGGGGUGUUCUUCUGCUUCAGAAAAUUUGUUGCUCGUCAACGUCAGAGAGAUAAAAAUGAAUCGAGUUUUCGUCGUGAAGAAGCUGAGGUGAUGCAUGAGGAAUUCAAGCAUCGUGGAACUCUGAAAGGAUUGAUUGUUGAUGAUAAUGGAGUGGAGGUUCUCUAUCUGAGGAAACUUGAAGGUGGGCAAUUGAGGAAUAGUUUCUCUAAGGUUUUGAAUAAUCCUAAUGAAGAAGAAAGAGGAAAGAUAGUGGAGAGUAUGGUAGAUAGACCCAGAAAAUCAAAGAGAAUUCAAGAGAUCCCAUUUCUUCAUGAGUCAUCAGAUGUGAUUAUCCUAGAGAAAGAGGCCAAACCAGUUUUGAAAGUUCCAACUCUACAGCCUCAGGUUUCUGUACCAUCUCCUCCUCCACCUCCACCACCAGUACCCUCUCAGCCACUUCCACCGCCUCCACAGGUGAUUCCAAUAAAGAAAACUCCCAACCCACAUUCUCCACCACUCCCUCCUAACAAGAAAAUCCCCGGACCGCCUCCUCCUCCACCACCUCCUCCUGAAAGGAAAAUCCCUGGACCACCUCCUCUGCCACCAAUCCCAACAAGGAGGAAGCCUGCAGCACCACCUCCACCACCUAAGGCAGGUGGUUUGGUUUCAGCUUUGAAACCUCCACCUGUACCAAGGGGGAAGAUGAACAGUAAUAACAGGGCAGAGGCAUCAACUGAAGGAAGCUCCAAGGGAACUGAUUUUGGGCAGAUGAAGCUGAAGCCAUUGCACUGGGAUAAGGUCAUAGCUAAUGUUGAUCAUUCAAUUGUGUGGGAUGAGAUCAAUGAUGGAUCCUUCAGGUUUGAUGAUGAACUUAUGGAAUCUCUGUUUGGAUACACUGCGAACCAGAAACCCCCUGAAAUGAAUAACAAGCCAGUGACUUCAAGCAGUUCCAACUCUGCCCUGCCAACCCAAAUUUUCAUCCUGGAACCCCGAAAAUCACAAAAUACUGCAAUUGUACUUAGAUCUCUUGCAGUCUCUCGUAGAGAAAUUCUAGAUGCCCUCCUGGAAGGUCAAGGCCUCACCACUGAUACUCUUGAAAAACUGACCAAAAUUUCUCCAACUCAAGAAGAAGAAUCCAAAAUCCUGCAAUUCAAUGGCAAUCCAACUAAGCUUGCUGAUGCAGAGUCCUUUCUCUACCACAUCCUGAAAGUUGUUCCUUCAGCGUUCAUGCGCUUCAAUGCAAUGCUUUUCAGAACAAACUACGACCCUGAAAUCCUUCACUUGAAGGAGUCUUUGCAAACACUUGAAUUGGCCUGCAAGGAGCUAAGAAGUCGUGGGCUUUUCUUAAAACUUCUUGAAGCCAUUCUCAAGGCUGGCAAUAGAAUGAAUGCAGGAACCGCCAGAGGAAAUGCCCAAGGCUUCAACCUUAGUGCUCUUCGUAGACUUUCAGAUGUGAAGAGCAUUGAUGGAAAGACUACUUUACUUCACUUUGUAGUGGAACAAGUAGUUCGAUCAGAGGGUAGGCGUUGUGCAAUCAAUCAGAACGAUAGCCUGGACAGAAGUAAUAGUCAAAGAGGCAAAAACAGUGAUCCAAAUUCAGUAAGUCAGACACCAAAAGAAGAGAAAGAGAAAGAGAAAGAGAAUGAGAAAGAGAAAGAGAACAAAAAAGAGAAAGAGUACCUUAUGCUUGGAUUACCAGUGUUAGGGGGGCUAAGUACUGAAUUCUAUAAUGUAAAGAAAGCUGCAGUCAUAGACCAUGAUACUUUCAUCAACAUGUGCUCAACUCUCACAGCCCGUGUUGCUGAAAUUCAGCUGCUUGUGGCAAGCUGCAGCAAUGGCGAGAAGGGCAGGUUUGUGCAGGAAAUGAAAGGGUUUCUAGAGGAAUGUGAGGAGGAGCUUAAAGUGGUAAGAGUAGAGCAAACAAGGGUAAUGGAGCUUGUGAAGAGAACAACAGAAUAUUACCAAGCGGGAGCUUCUAAAGACAAAGGGGGACAACCUCUUCAGUUGUUUCUCAUUGUGAAGGAUUUUCUUGACAUGGUUGAUCAAGCUUGCCAAGACAUUUACAGGAGACUGCAGAAGAAGAAUGUGACAAAGACUGUAGGAUCAUCCCCACCACUGUCACCAACAAGGCAGGCAGUGAGAUUCACAAACUUGCAGUUACAAUUCAUGUCAGAUAUGUGUAGGACAACAUCUUCCAGCGAUUCAGAGGAUGACUUCUGAAGAGGGGUUACAAUUCUGUAUGAACAAUUGGUCAAUGACUAUGGAAGGAUUAAACUUGCUACAAUUUGAGCCUAAGGUCAGCCACAUGAUUUGUAAAGUAAGUUUUAAAUGAAAGGUAGAUUAAUGACUUAUUGUUUUUGUCUUUUGACUAGAAGUGACAGCUGAAGUCCAAUGAGUGAUCUUGGUGUUAUAGAAGUUUUACUGUGCAUAAUCUACUAAUAGACUUCCAUAAUAAGCAACUUUGUUUUUACUUCCAUGUUUAAGCUUUUCUCUAAUGACAUAAUCACUUCUGUUCAUCAAAUGUCUGGACAUAGAUAUAAGCUCUUAUUGGGCUUAAAAUAAAAUAUUUUCCAACCUU